CGCUUGCCUCGCCUCUCCGCUUCCCCGCACACACACACACGGCGACUGUGGAUGCUCCCCACGCUCCUCCUCUCUCUUCAUGCUGAAGCUCGCUUUUUACUGCUAAAGUCUCACGUGCAGGAUUGAGGCCCCCCAGCGGCAUCCCAGCCUCUCCCCCGCAAGCUCUUCAUCUGCUCACUUCUCACCAGCCUCCCCUUCCCGCAGCCCCCUCCCCCCCGGACCCCGGCCUCCCCGAUGCCUAAAAACAGCAAGGUGACGCAGCGCGAGCAGAGCCACGAGCACGUCACCGAGUCGGUGGCCGACCUGCUCGCGCACGAGGAGCCGCUGGACUACAAGAGCAGCUCGCUGAACGUCGGCGCCGGCGGAGAAAGGAAAGCGCCCCGGAUCGAGGCGGCGGAAAAUGACGGGCGGCCGGCCUGGAACAGUAAACUGCAGUACAUCCUGGCCCAGGUGGGCUUCUCUGUGGGGCUGGGGAACGUGUGGCGCUUCCCCUACCUUUGCCAAAAGAACGGAGGAGGAGCUUAUCUCGUCCCCUACUUCAUCCUCCUCCUCAUCAUCGGCAUCCCGCUCUUCUUCCUGGAGUUGGCUGUGGGUCAGAAGAUCCGACGUGGGAGCAUCGGGGUGUGGAAUUAUGUGUGUCCGCGCCUGGGCGGGAUCGGGAUGUCAAGUCUGAUGGUGUGUGGCUUCGUGGGACUCUACUACAACGUGAUCAUCGGCUGGAGCAUCUUCUACUUCUUCCAGUCUUUCCAGUUUCCUCUGCCGUGGAGCGAAUGUCCUAUCAGGAAGAACGGGACACUCGCAAUCGUGGAGCCCGAGUGCGACAAGAGUUCGGCCACGACUUACUUUUGGUACCGGCAGACCCUGAACACGACGAGCACCAUCGCCGAAAGCGGCGGACUCAACAUUAAAAUGACUUUCUCUCUUCUGGCGGCGUGGAUCAUCGUGUGUCUGGCGGUCAUUAAAGGCAUCGCAUCUUCUGGGAAGGUGAUGUACUUCAGCUCUCUUUUCCCCUAUGUUGUGCUCUUCUGCUUCCUGGUCCGAGGUUUGAUGCUGAAGGGGUCCGUGGAUGGUAUCUCCCACAUGUUCACACCAAAGCUGGAGAAGAUGCUGGAACCCCAAGUGUGGAGAGAGGCGGCCACCCAGGUGUUCUUCGCGCUGGGGCUGGGCUUCGGAGGGGUCAUUGCCUUCUCCAGCUACAACAAGAUCGAUAACAACUGCCAUUUUGAUGCCGUGCUCGUCUCCUUUAUUAACUUCUUUACGUCCAUCCUGGCCACACUGGUGGUGUUUGCGGUGCUGGGCUUCAAGGCCAACAUCAUGAAUGAGAAAUGUGUCGCUGACAAUGCUGAGAAGAUCCUAGGAUACCUCAACUCAAAUGUGCUGAGUCAUGAUCUGAUCCCCCCCCAUGUGAACUUCUCUCACCUCACCACCACCGACUACGCCGAGAUGUACCAGGUCAUCAAAACGGUCAAAGAGGACGGCUUCUCCCAGCUGGGUCUGGAUCCUUGCCUCCUGGAGGACGAGCUCAACAAAGCUGUGCAAGGAACCGGCUUGGCCUUCAUCGCCUUCACAGAAGCCAUGACGCACUUCCCGGCGUCACCAUUCUGGUCCGUUAUGUUCUUCUUCAUGCUCAUCAACCUGGGCCUGGGCAGCAUGAUCGGAACCAUGACCGGCAUCACCACACCCGUCCUGGACACCUACAAGGUCCAGAAGGAGCUCUUCACAGUGUGUUGCUGCAUCGUGGCCUUCCUGUGCGGCCUGCUGUUCGUCCAGCGCUCAGGGAAUUACUUUGUCACCAUGUUCGACGACUAUUCCGCCGGCCUGCCCCUCACUGUGGUGGUCAUCCUGGAAAAUGUGUCGGUGGCUUGGAUUUAUGGCACUAAAAGAUUCAUGCAGGACUUGGAGGACAUGUUGGGUUUCCGGCCCAACAUCAUCUACUUCUACCUGUGGAAGUUUGUCUCCCCGAUCUGCCUCAUCGUGCUGAUCUCCGCCACCGUCAUAGAGAUGGCCAUCAGCCCGCCUGGCUACAAUGCCUGGGUGCAAGAUCUGGCUCAGGAGCGCUUCCAGAGCUACCCUCUGUGGGCACUGAUCAUGUGCUUCGCCCUCAUCGUGGUGGCCAUGCUUCCUCUCCCCAUCGUCUUCAUCGCCCGUCACUUCAACCUGAUGUCAGACGGCUCCAACAAGCUCUCCGUCUCCUACCGUAAGAGCAUGAUGAAGGACAUAUCCAACCUGGAGGAGCAGGACGAGGCCAGGUUCAUCUUGGGCGCCAAACCCGGAGACGCCCCUGCGUCGGCGCCGGCACGCAAAGCCUACUUGGCUCCAGGAGGAGGCAAACCCCUGGACCCCAACUCCCUGUCUCCUAACAGCUGCUAUGGGACGGGCUACCAGAAUGCUGCCAUCAGCCCCACCACGCCGACCACCCCGACCACGCCCGAGUCUGACUUUUGACUGCGUACAAUCACCAUGUCCACUGGGAUAGGAUCUACCACCAAGCCUCCACUAGGGGUCACUGCCCACCAUUAAAUAGCAUUCACGUAGCUGUCCAUGCUAGGCUAACUACGCAGUGUCUACUGUACAUACAUGAUAGCAUCAGGCACUGCAGAUCUGCACAAUAUUAUUAUUAAUGUUUACAGAGCUCUCUGUAUCAUAAACCAUUCACUGAAAGCUGCUCUCUAACCCCCAAUAACUAGUACCUCAUAUUGUGGCCAGUUAUGAGGAAAAAAAUUAAAAAGUAA